AUGGCACGGAGUAGCAAGGGCAGCAAGGGGGAGAAGCUGAGCUUGAAUGAGCGCGAGUUUCUGCUCGCCUCUCUGGCCGAGGGCCGGCGUCUGGAUGGACGUGGCCUCUACGAUUAUCGCACAUUGAAGAUUUCCUUCCCCUACCAGCCGGGCUACUGCGAGGUCCAACUCGGCCAGACCAGGGUGUACGUAGUCGUGCGUUGUGAAGUGGUGGAGCCCUAUGCCGACCGGCCGACGGAGGGCUUCUUCAUCUUCAACACCGAGUUCUCACCCAUGGCCUCUGCCUCCUUUGAAGUCGGCGCCAGAGUGUCGGAAGAGGCCGUGGAAGUUGGUCGGUUGAUCGAGCGGAGCCUGAGGGACAGCCGCGCCAUCGACACCGAAGCCCUGUGCAUUCGCGCGGGCGAGAAGGUGUGGGCCGUGCAGAUCGACGUCCACGUGCUCGAUGAUGGCGGCAACCUCAUCGACGCUGCCUCGAUCGCUACCGUCUCGGCUCUCCUUCACUUCCGCCGACCCGACGUCAGCAUCACCGGCGACGCCAUCACCGUCCACUCCGUUGCGGACAGGGAGCCAGUCCCCCUCAGCAUUCACCAUCUGCCCCUCUGCGUCACCUUUGCCGUCUUUGGUGAUGGCGACCAGGUGGUGGUGGAUCCCUGGUUCAAGGAGGAGCAGUCGCUGAACGGCCGAGUUACUCUCAUCCACAACCAGCACAGGGAGUUGUGCGGUGUACACAAGUCGGGCGGACCCGGCUUGCCGCUCAACACGCUCGUCAAGUGCUCAAAGAUCGCUGCCGUCAAGGUGCAAGACGUUAUCCAGGCGAUACAGUCCGCCAUCACGGCCCAGCCGCCCACGCCCAGUGCCGUCCCUCGACCCUUCCACCUGGUGGCUCCGAGCGCAACCGAGGUUGUGCCGCCGCCUGCCUCGGUGACCACGCCGGCAAAGACCGCGGUGACGAACGCGCCGUCGGCUCCCGCCGUGGUGAAGCCUGCUGUCGCCGCUUCGUCGUCCACCACCACAACAGCCGCGCCCGCGUUCGAGUUCAAGCAGACCGAGAUCCCGAUCAUGUCGUGGGACGACGAAGAUGAUGGUGCCGCCGCCGCCGCCAAGAAGAAGACGACGACGAUCAAGGAGGUGGAGGCGACGCCCUCCGUGGUGGACAGCUUCCUGGCCGACGUCAAGAAGCAGGCCUCGUCGCGACGAGUCGACGCCAUGGACGAAGAGGAGAAAUCCACGAAGGCGAAGAAGACGGUCGUCGAAAGCGAUGAUGAAGAGAGCGAAGAUGAGGAGGAAGAGGAAGAGACGACGGUGGUGCUCCACUCGGCCUUCGCCAAGGGCCAGAAAGAAGACGAGGUGGAGGCGUUGAAGAAGCGACAAAGGGAACUGGAGGCGGAGAUGGCGAAGGAGCAGAAGAGGAAGGAGGAGAUCGAGCGAAAGGAGAAGGAGGAAGAAGAGGGCAUGAAGAAGAAGCAGGCCGCCGCUGCCGCUGCCGUCAAGCCACUACUUCCCGCCAACGACCUGUCGGUGGCCAUCAAGAAGAAGAAGAAAACCGCGACCCCCAAGAAGACGACCAAGAAGUGA